AUGUCACGCUAUGACUUUCAGUCGCAGCAGCUGCCAACCAGAAGGAACUGCAAGUCCCGGCUGCGCGCUGCCGUGUGGUGCAUCGAGAAGGGUUUGCAGUAUCGAGGGUAUUUCGAUGAAGAUGAGGAAAAGGUACUGCAAAGAUUCAGGCAAGUGAAGGGCGGCCCAUACUACGCAGCAGUGCUGGAUUCUCAGAGUCAUUUUCAAAAGUUCGUGGACCUCUACAGCAAAGACAAAUCUGUCAAGUGGAUGAAAGAAAACUACUUGGACCUCUACAGCAAAGACAAAUCUGUCAAGUGGAUGAAAGAAAACUACUUGAAGGGCAUGAUAGAAUGGUGCCAUGGCCAAGUGCAAGACCCAAGGGAGCCCCGAGUCCAAGAGGAGACCGCUGUCAGAAGUGUAGCAGAACCAUGGUGCGCUGAAGAUGACAGGCAGGCUGUGACGCAAGAGGAAGCCGAAGAGUUGGCCCAGAUAGCUUGGGAGGCGUAUGAGAAGUUUAGCGAAGCGGGCGAUGGAAGAUCUGAAGCUGGGGAAGAAGCUAGGAGCGAGGAAGCUGAGGGAUAUCCGGCAAGCUUUUUGCGAGGAAUGCCGCUGAACAUUGCGCUUCUGCGAGAGCUCAUUGAAACAGAGGACUUCCGACGGUUGAUCAAACAGUUUGAUCCUUCUCGCAGUUCUUCCGCACUGGCCAGGUGGCAACACCUGAUGCGUUGGUGCAGUAUCACAGAUCCUCGGCUACGCUUCGCACAUGACAGGGUCUCCAGUAAAUUUCGGCAGCCACCUCACACGGGGUUGCUGGUCGAAAAUCUGGCGGAGGGUUUUUUAGCGGGUAAAGCGAGGCCAGAAGACUUGACCCCCAUGGUUGCAAUGGUGUGGCAUGAUGCUUGGUAUGUCGUGAUGGGCAACCGGCGCAGGAAAGCCCUGCAACUCUUUGUGCAAGGACACGGACCGUGGCCUUCUCCAAGUCAGGUGCCGCAGGUUCGUAUCAUUCUGCACGUCUUUCCCUUCCACCACAUCGAGAACGAUGACGCGAGAACAGCUUUGAGGUUGAAGGCGUUGGAGGCUAUGGAUUCAUGCGACAGCGGUCUUUCCGCCGCGAUGCGGCGGAGAAGGUAUUGA